GGUUAACUAAAAUGCGUGCCUUAGUAACGUGUCCGAGACCACCGACAGGUAGACGUGCGGUCAACUUACCGUAGAUAUUGAUAUCGAUUUAUUAUAUUCGAAAAUAUAUAUUUAAAUAUUUAAAGUUAAUAUUUAGUUGUAUUUUCUAAUAAUAAAUAAAAACAAAAAAAUACGCCAGUGAUUAGUUUUAUUAUUACAGUUGUGCUUCAAAAAUUUGGAUUUUGGUUUCUAUGCAAUCACGAUGACUUCAUUUUCUGGUGCUUAAAUCGAAGAUACCUAAAAAGGUAAGUAAAGGUCUAUUUUUAAAAAUGUUUGAAUGUCAACUUCAUUUAUUUUCGCUAUCUGAUUAUAUUAUUUACAUGAUAUGAUAAAUGAUUGAGUAUAAGUAUUAUUAAUGCCCUUGGUCAAACAAAAAUAAGUACCAACUAUUUUGUUUUUUAUUAAUUCAAAAACUGAGUUAUGUUUUACAGAGAAAAUAAAAUUUUUUUUUUUUAAAUUUAGAACAAAACAUAUAAGAACAAAACAAAACAUCGUUUACUUGUAAAAUAGAUCAAAAAAAUUUGAUUAACAUAACUUAAACCUUAAAGUUCCAAUUCUACAGUAAUAUAUAUGAAAUGUCCUCGAAAAAAAUGUUAACUCGCAAUGUUACUAUAUACGUAUAUUAUUAUAAUAAUUAUUACAGUCACGAUUUAACCAUUAUAAAGAAAAGAAAUCAUUAUUAUAAAAUUGCUGCAAUGGUUUUUUUUUUUUUUUAGUUUAAAAUUGUCGCUCAAAUAGCCCUUCUCUUAUUAUCUAUAUCCCACGAGUUAAUACCUAAUCUAUUAAUAAUAAUUUUUGUGUGCAAUUUUAAAGACUUUUUCGUAAAAUGGAAAGUACAAACUAAUAGUACGUAUAUAGAAGUGUUGUUAGAACAUCAAGCAAGACUUGCCUAUUUAUUUGAGACCUAAGUACAGAUUUUACGUAUAGAUAAGCGAUAUAAUGUAUAUUUACUAAAUUUGAAAUUAAAAAAAAUCACUGUAUACUUACGUCAUUAUGUCCUUGACUAAGAGUAUACUUCUAUUAUUUCUGACUAUUUUUUAUAGAUUAAAACGGUUUAUAAAUUAUAUUACAAUAAUAUGUUAACUAUGUUUAAUCAUUAAGGGUUAGAUUACGCGAUAUGAUCACUUCCUUGUAAUCGAUUAUUCGUCAAAGACAAUACACAUAUUUAGUUUUGUUCGAGUACAAUUAUGCAGAUUUUGAAAUUUCGUUAGUGUUUUUUUUUUUUUAACACUCACUAAUGGCGUAUCUGACUCAACAUUAAACGAGUAUUAUGUGACUAUAUGAGAUGAAUAUAUAAGAGAAGGUAUACUAUUUUUUUAUUUGAUAACACUACAAAAAGAUUUUUUGAUAUACCCAUGGGGAUUUGUACACUUAAAUUAAAAGUUCUACUAAAAGGUUAUUCCUUAUAAUGCUUAGAAAUCUUAAAAUAACUUCAGGUUUUCAAUGAGUGUCACAUUGCCAUAGUAUUAUAAGAUGAAGACAAAUUUGUUCAAUAUAUAUCUGCAUGGUUAUAAAAUUAUUUCAUGUAUACACAAUGAUUCCGGAUUUAGAUAAUCGAACACACAUAAAAUACCUAAUAACUAAAUUAAAUUUGCAGACGCAAUGUAAUGGCUAAAUUCUCUGGACACACAAAUUUAAAAAAGACCUAUGCCUAUCAAACAUAUAUUGCUCUUGUCAACAUAUUACCUAUAUAAUCUGCUAUCAUUUAUUUUUUAAUUGUUUAAAUUUUAUAUUGUGUUACGUUAAAUUGUGAAUAUUAUAUUUGAGCCAUACGAAAUAAUAAUAAUAUUGUGGACCGAUAAGUUCAAACUAUCUAUAUUAUCAUGUAUAAAGUGACAAUUUUUUUUUUGGCGAAUAUCAUGUAUAGGUAUAAUAGCUAAGAGCGAUACGGUUGUCAUUUAUAAUAAAUCACUAAAUCAAUUACUGUAAAAAAACAUUUUUUUUUUUUGGAGAAAGAAACCUUAAAUUUCAUUAAACUAUCUCUUAGUAUCAUAUUGUUCCUGUAGAACACAAUUAAAAUCGAUGUCACUUAUCCUAUAAAUAUAGCGAUAUUGAAAUUUACCAAAUAGUGAGAGCAUGAACAAAUGAAUAUCUUAAAAAAUAUAUUAAGGUUAUAAAUCUAUUUUAUAAUCGUCUAAAUUGAUAAAUGAUGAAAUAAAUAUUAGGUGUAAUACACGUUUUAUUUUACUUACGUAGUUACUACGUGUGUAUCGAAUGGUUAUAGAAUAGACUUGCAAUUAUUAUUUAUUAUAUAUUAUUAUAUAUUACGUUACUAUAAACUAUUAAUGUCAAAAAGAAAACAUUUUUAAAAAGUACAAAAAGCUAAUUAAAACUUGGAAUAUAUUUUAAUUUUAUUUUUUAUUUGUUAUAGUUUGUUAGCUAACAAAUAAUCAGACAAUAUAUUGUACUUUACAACUUAACAGACUGUGAUCCCUUGUACAUAGCUACUUACAGUUGUUUUUGAUAUAUUAAUAUAGAAUACAUUUUAUAUAUUAAGUAUCUAUAGAUACUAAUUUAAUGUUGACAAAAAUGUAGUAGUUUAAAGCCGGUUUCCUGCACAUUCUUUUUUUAUAUAUUUGCGAUGCGGCUUCGGGGAAAGUGAUCAAUUAUAAUAUAAUAUAAUAUAUUGUUAUAAUUUUAUAAAAAAACACGAACAUAAAAAUAAUUUGAUACAAAUCGUAAUUAUUAAAUCCUGUAUCCACGCACGAUGUUAUAAUUAUUAUACUCUCCGAGCUAUUAUUUUGUGCGCCUACAACCAUUUCGGUUGUCUGCAGUACUCUGACUGUUUACAUAUUAUAUUGUAUUAUAUAGCUCUUACUGCUUCCCGUAUUCUAGGUCAACACUCACACCGUUAAAAACUCUCCCCGCAUUAACCUCUUCGUAUCUAUAACCUCGAUUUCCCGUGUGUUAAUUUUAAUUCGUGAAUAAGAUAAGAAAAAACACCAUCAUCAUCAUCACUAUCAUAAACAUAUCAUUGUACACCGAGAAAAACAUAGAAUAGGCGCGAUCACGUAUAUACGAAAAUAGUAGUUCCUUUCUUUAUAAAUAUAUAUAUAUAUAUAUAUUACCAUUAUUUCCUACCUUUAAGUUAUAUUUAUAUAAAAUACAAGUAGACCCACUGGAUAGAGAUUAACUGAUUUAUUACUAUUAUUUUUUUUUUUUGUUCUUUAAAUUAUAAAAGAAAAAAAAAAACUAUAAAUCAGAGACCCCUUUGUUUUUUAUACAGAGAUGUAACGAACCACGAAGGUCACAUUCACUACACGGUGCUAAUGUGUCAACUAGAUUUUCCUAUUGUUUAAUUUUUGCAUAUAAUAUGUAGGUACGCUACUCAGAAAUCAGGAUUUGUAAAAUUGCCUUCUUCAUAUUAUUAUUAUCUAAUGUUUAUAUACCUAUAUUUAUAUUAUAUACAUGAUUUAUUAAUGCGGUGCAUUAUUAAUCUGCAGUAGUAUAUUUAGGUAUAGGUAUAUUAUAUGUGUAAUGCAAUAAAUAAUAGGGUUAAAAUUGCAAUUGAAAUUUUUGCCGAAAGUAUAACGAAUCACGAACCAUGUGCUAUCUUUGGAGUAAACAUAGGUUUUGUUUAAUUUUAUCGGUUUCAACUAAUAUACUCGAAAAUAUGUUUGGUCAAUAAUUUUGAAAUAUUGACCUUAUAAUAAAAAUAAUUAUAAUAUGAUAUUCUUUCGUUGGACAAUCGAAAAGAAGGUUUUCUUUUCUUCGUGGAAAAAAGUUUCUGGACAUAACCCUAUUAAUAAUUAUGCAUCUACAAUUACUAUUAAAUGGUAUAAUAUAAUAUUAGUAAGUUGUAUAAUCGCAGUAAAUAAGUAUUAAUUAAUAAAACCAAACCUAUUUAAAUACGGUAAAAAAUAAAACGAUAUAGGAGUGAGGUCUGUACAAAUAUUAAGAAUAAUUGAUCUCCGAUUUCUCAUCAUGUUAUUGUUGUUUUUAUAUUAAUAAUAAAAAUAAAUUCUUAAUAAAAAAUUGUAUUUCUUCAAUUGUUAGUAUGAAUAUUUUAUAUUUGUUUGUUAAAGUAUUAUAAAAAUAAUAAAAACUGCAAUAAAGGAAUCUUAAUCCAUUAAUUUCGUUAAAGUGCAUGUGCAUCAAUGUUUCCCAACCUUUUUGAAUCCAUGCCCUUUUUGCUGAUUUGUAAAAUCUACCUCCUCCUCUAUUGAAAUUUUUUGUUUUAUAAUUACUGUUCAUGAUUUAUACCGUAAAAUCAUUAGUAAUAUUUAUUAUUUUAUAAAAUGUUUAUUUCACAAUUAUAUACAAGAAUUAACGUAAAACAUUUUAAACGUAACACGUAAAGCUGGGAAACAUCUUAUACAGUAUGUUCAAUGUUCAUAGUUAAAGUAAUAAUAUUAAACUAUAAGCAUACGCGUAAUAUUUCAAUAUCAUUUUUGUCCAUGGUAAACGAAUACCUGUAGAGGUCUACAUUAGAACUUUGAGCACAAAACUAUCGCAAAAUAAAUUGUAUGUAAUAAUCACAAGUAUAUAAAAACAAAUAAAUAAAUGCAUUUUUUAGAUAAUGUUUUUUGAUAAAAACGUUGAGUUUUUACGUCUAAUAAAAUAAAAAUCACAUUAAAAUAUCAAAUAUGUAAUAAUAUUUUUGUACAAAGAUAUUAUUUAGUGUUGCUUCAUAUAUAUAUUUAACCAUGGACUACUGUAUAUUAUAAAUAUCGUAUAUAUAUGUAUAUAUAUAUAUAAUAUAAUAAUAUAAAGAACGAAUUACUUUAUUGUCGCUGUCGUAUAUAAAAAUGUCAAGCGAAGUUUUUCGCCUGUUAACUAGUUUUAGAAUUCCGAAUGUUCAAACCUAAAAAAUCGUCACGUAGAACUAUUAUAAACGUAUUAACCAUUACAAAUCCAUCUAUAUAUAUAUAUAUAUAUUAUGUGCGGUAGUACGUUGUCCCCAUUGCUAUAUGGUUAUACCUGUUCCAAAUAUACCUGCAAUAAAAAAUAUUUUAUUCUAUUAUAUUAUGUAGUAUAUUAAAUUCCGUCUGCACGUUCAAAAAUUGUUUUUUUUUGUCGGCGACACGCGCAAGGGGAAAUUAUAACUACAGAAGACAGAGACUGACGAAUGAAAACACAUAUACCUAUCGGCAUAACAUUAUAACAGUGUCGUGGCAAGCAUAGGUUGAAAUUGACAUUUGCCCGCGAUCAAUUAUAGCCAACAAUUUCAAACACAGUUUAUGGAAUCAAUAAGGUAUGCAGAUACCUAUAUUGAACAAUUCAGUAAAAAUUGCCUAUUGUAUUUAUAUAUGAUAACAUUAUAAUUGGGAUUUAUUCAAAAUGCAGUGAAAUAAAAAAUGUAGUUAUCUAGCUCUCCACGGAUCAGUGAACUAAAUCUUUUAGAGGGUAGGUACUUUGUCGUAGAGAAAAAUGUAUUAAUAAUAAAUAUACAUUUAUCUGCGAAUAUUACCUACCAAUAAUAUAUAGUAGCAUAAUUAUGGCCAUUACCUAAUAUACUAGAGAGGUCGAGAAGGAGCACAAGAUAUUUUUUAAAACUGGUAAAAAAAAAAUAUCACCACAUACUACUAAAGUUAUAAUUAAAAUUUAAUUCAUAGAACAAUACCAAAAAUGGAAUUUAGUUUUAAAAAAGACGGACAUACUUUGCACCACGGAUGGGGGCCACUGUUUUAGGUGAGAAGUUGGGAAAGUACAGGAUAUAGAGAAUAAUUUAAUGUAUAUCUAUACGCAAUGAUUAAUCAUAGCUAACGAAAAACGAUUCUGAACAGAGUUUGAUUAUACAUGUUUUAAUAAAAGGCCGUAACAAAAAAAAAAAUUAAGAAUAAUUUUAAAUUAUAACUACGUUGUUAAUUUUUCUAACGGUAAAAUAAUCAUACAACUAAAAUGAACCUCCUGUUGAAUUUUCAAGUAUUUUUGUUUGAUCUAACAAUUUUAUCCACAAAUAGUACUUAAAAACUCUCAAAAUUAAAUAAGUAUAAAUAAUAAAUAAAUUUAUAAAUAGUUUAAAAAUAGCUCAAAUAUUUUGGAAAUAAAAUUCUAUAAAAGCAAAUAUAAGUUUUUUAUGCAAAUUUCAAAUCCCUACGAAUAUUUUUAACUGAAUCACAUAAAAAAAAAAACAAAACUGAAAAAAGUAUUCUUUUCGUACAUUUUCCCCAGGUUUUUCGAUUAUUAUGAAAACCACUUGAAAAAUCAAAAAAUGAUCUGUCUUGGUGCACCAACUAGAUAAAAUUUGCUUUCAGAAAAGGUGAUACACUUACGUUAGUGGAUCAAGAUUUUUGAUAGAAAAAUUGUUCACAGACACAAAACCUUAACACAUCAUAGUAAAACCAAAGUUUCCUUUGUACACACCGAAUUUAAAAAAUAUAACUCUAAUAAAUUACUUGUUGCCCUUAACGAUUUAUAACAAUACAGUUAGGUAUAUUAUAUAUAACCUGAUCUUUAUUAUAUUUGGUUUAUAAAAUAUACUUUAACCGAGUUGGCAGCGUCCUGACGUGUUGCCAACCCGCUCUAAUCUUUAUUUAGGCAUUCUCUGUGCAUUUCAAUGUACCUACUAUAAUGUUACGUGUUUGUUCUUAAAAUUAAAAUAACUGUAUUCUAAAUCUGGUUAAAUUUAAAUUUUUAGUACUCAUACAUAUUAUAAAUUGUAUAAUAUUAAACAUUAUAAAAGGUUUUUUUAAAAAUGUAAUAACUUUUUUAUUUUUGAUCAGAAUUUUAAAAGUCUUAUAUGGUUGUAUUCAGGAGAUUCUUAAGUUUACGUAUGAAAUACAAUAUGCCCGCUCCCCUACUAGCCCUACUUGGCGGUUGAUUUGUCCACAAAAUUUGCGAUGACGCACUCACACAUUUUGUCGUCCAAUUUUCCCAUCAAUCUUCGGAUUUCUUGUUUAAGUUGGGUGAGAUCAUAUAGAUUGUUCCCGUACAUUUUUGACUUAACGUAACCCCAUAAAAAAAAAUUGUAAGGAGUCAGGUCACAAGACGUUGGUGGCCAGCUUUGGUCCCCACGGAUGAAUCUGUCCGGAAACCAAAACGUGCGUUUCCAUAGACAAUUUUUGCAUGAAUAUGGACGCCUUAAAACAUUUGAAAACAAAAACGAACGAUAUCACACGAAACUUUAGGUUUUUGAGAUAAAAAAAAAGCUUUCGGGUACAGUAGUAAUAAUACAAAAACAAAGAAAUGGCGCCUUUAAAAAAAAAAAAAAACGUUCUUUCGUGGACACCCAUAUGUCUACAUUUUCCUUGUACUUUAUUUUCAGAAAUAUAUACUAUACCACAAUAUAUUUAUGAUGUUUCUUUAAGUGGUUUACAUUUUAUUUCUUUAAUAUUUUCUAACUAGGUAUAGUGAACAAAGAGACGAAAUAUUAUUUAAUAUUCUAUAUUAUUGUUAUAACUUAUAAGUAGUUAAUGAGAAAUAUAAUUAUUAAAAUUUUUUUUUUUCCUGUGAACAACUUUUUACCAGCAAUUUUGCUCCAAUUUACAGUGAUAACACUUUUUCUGAAAGGAAAUGCAGAUAAUUUUUCGAUUUUCUUAAAAGUUUUCUCAGUAAAUGUGAAAUGCAAUGGGGAAAAACAUGGGAAAAUCGGGAAAAAUGUUAGAAAAACGGAAAAAUUGGUACAAUAUUAAAGAACAUAAAUGAGGCCUAUUUAAAUAUUUUACCAUAACAUGACAUAUAUAUUAUUGAAAAAGCAUCACUAUCAACAUUACUCCACUCAAAAUCAUUUUUUCGUUAGUAAUGGCAUAUCGAUGCUUACAGAUAUACAUUAAAUUCCCGUCUACGAAUUUACCCAAUCUUCCUAACUUCACACCUACAACAGUAGCUGUAUCCAUGUGUGAAGUAUGUCCGUCUUUGUUUUUAAGCAUUUGAUAUUCAAAUUUGAUAAAAAUCGUGAUAUUUCAAAAAAAAAUUAACCAAACUCCAUUCAAAAUUAUAUUUAACAAAAAUGAUUUAUCGUUGCAUAGAGAUACAAAUUAAAUUACUUUAUGUAUCUUAUCUUCCUAACUUCCCACCUAUAACAGUAUCAGUUUUUAAAUGUUGAUAAAUAAAUAAAUAUACAUUGUAUGUUUUUUAUUUAUAUAAUUUGUAUAAUAGUUUGACCGGUAUAUUAGAUAUUUAUUAUUAUUAAUAUUCCAGUGGACAAUAUUUCAGCUGUACGAUUUAUUAACAAAUUAACGAAAAUAGUAGUAUACUAACUUUAUUAAGGAAUGCAAUCUAUUCAAGAUCUGGAUAUCAUAAUACCACUAUACUAAUGAAGAAUUAAUAUUUAUUUUUAAAACUACGUAAUACUCAUUUGGGUCAUUUGACACAAACAUCAAAUACAAAUAUAAAUUAAACAGUUGUUACACACAUUUUACUCAAUUAUUUAUAUAUAAUAUUAUUUCAUAAUAAACGCGUACGUAUUAUAACAUUUAUAACUAUAUUGCACUUGUGUAGGUGUUAAAAAUCAAAUUAAAUAUUUUAAACUCUAUUUACAAAGUGAUCAUGAAAUUAAAUAAAAUACCUAUUAAAAAUAUAUACCUAAAUACCUAAUAAAUUCGUAUUUUUUUUACGAUUUAAAUUUUUUUUUAAAUACAUCCCCUAAAGGGGUGAAAGAAUUCAAUUUUUUUUUCACUAAAAUUUCCGAUUUACCUAGUAAAUACAUACUUAUACAAUCUAUCAGAGAUUAAUAGACUGAAAAACUACUGAACCGGUUUUUACACUCUUUCUUGCAAAACGACCGGCGAUGAUAGGGGUAGGUUUUUAGCUAGGUAUUGAAAUCUUUCUUUGAUCCAACCAAUAGAUAACAAGUUAGGAGCCUACAUGUUUUAUUUUAUUUUUAGUUUAGUUGCGUAUAGCAAUAGGAAAGCAUGGCGGAUCAGCUAUUUAAUAUAAAAUAAGAGUACAAUAGUUGAAAUUUGUUAUAUUUUUUAAUAUACUAAUGCAUACCAGAAAUAACGUAUCCAAGGCGGGCUCAAGAGGCAUCAACCUCUCCUCCAUUGGCCAUGUUAAACAGAAAUAUAAUAAUAUAAGCUAUCCAGCAUUGACAAAUUAUCGAUUUACCUAUUAUAAUAUAUAUAUAUUAUAAACGAAUAUAUAACUUUAUCCAAUUUGGAUGAAACCUUAUACAUUUUUGGCAGGCUGCACACUGAAAAAACUAGUUUCAUGAAACCAUUCAAUUGAAAAUCAAAUAGAUACGCACACUGAGUUUCAUGAAAUUUGUAAUUUUGGUUUCAACAAUAAAGUUUCGUAUAAGUUAUAAAUAAAUAAUAAUAAUAAUAUAAUAUGUUUAAAUAAUUUAUAUUAUAUUAUUAUACAUUUUGUAAGUACAUGUUCAUGUUAUUUAUGUUAUAAUUAUCAUAUUUUAGUAUUAUAUGUAUAUACACUGUAGUAUAUACAGCAUAGCUACAAUGCUGUUUAUCUUUUGAAAGUGUAUGAAUCCAAUACCUACGUUUCCUUUUUUGUUGCGAUGCCACCAAUAUAACAUUAACACAUCCUCAUCAUCAGACGACAUUGUCGAAACUAUACAUUUUAUUGUUUUACCGGUGUACACAAAUAUGAAAUUAGUUUCAUGAAAUUGGUUUCUUAAACUAAUUUCUUCAGUGUGUAACCUGCCUUACAUUCAAAACAAGAGUAAGAUUAUUAUUUACUUUUCAUCUUAAAAUUAAAACCCUAAAGAUAGAGUUACUGACAUAUAGUUUUUUAGUAUUUUUGGAAUAAAAAUUAAACUUUUUCAUUUAUAUAUAGGUUAUACUGGCGAUAAGGAAAAAAACCGUUAUUAUAUUUAUUUAAUUUGUCAUGUACAAAGAAGUACCCUUUUUAAAAUAUAAAUAUUACCUAACAACGACUGUUAUAGAGAUAAAGCUGAACUUGGGAAAUACCAGAUAAUUCAGUUAGUACAGUAUUUUUUUGUUAGUAUAGUAAACUAUUAUACCGAUAUAAUAUUGACAAUGAAUGAAUGAAUUUAUAUAGUUUUUGUUAAUUGUGCCCAAAUUAAAUUAAGGCUAUUAAGUUGUUGACCUUAAAAAUGUACAAGAAAAAAGGCGAUGAACAAGAAGAAGACUUUUUAAGAAAUACAAAAUUCAAAUUAAACAAACAAUUAAAUCUCAUCAUGAUGACGUUUUUCUAUUUUAAUUAGUUUUUUUGAUUGUUCAUUGCUUAAAUCAAAACACGUAAUUUGUAUUUAUUUUCGUCUGUUUUGUUGUCAUAGGUUUUAAUUAGCAGAUCGUGAAAUAAGUUAUAAUAUAUUGCUAUAUAUUUAUAUUAUUUUAUUUAAUUAACGCACAGAUUUUAAAAUAGUAAAUAAACAUUUUUUUUUUUUACUUGAUUAAACAAAUAUAAUUGUAUCAAACAGUAGCGUAGCUAGAAAUCUCCUAAGGGGAGGAGACUACUAAAUAAAACACAUACUAAUCAUACAUUUCGAGUAUAUAAUAUAUCUACUACGAUUUGGUAUUAUUAUGUACAAUAGAUAAAGACCAACCGGGGGGGGGGCUAUGCUCUCGGGACUCCGUUAAUACGACACUGGUUCCAAAUAUCUAAAAUUUAAAUACAUUUUUAAUUAAUAAAUUUAUUAUUACUGAACUAAUAAUUCUACUGCAUUAAUUAUAACAAGAUAGGAAGUAAAAAUAAAUAAAUUUAUUAGUAUAGGUAUAGCUAUCUACAUUUGUGUUGAACAUGUCGUUAUUUAGGUGAUUUUUGUUUAAAAACAACUACAUUUAAUAUUUUGUUAUUUAAAGUGUAUCUAUUGUAGAAAUUUACACAUAACAUAAAAGUAGGUACAGUCCUGUAAUCCACGAAAUCAUAAAAUCAUAUAUUUCAUUAUUUCAAGGAACUCUUACACGCAUAUGCCUCACCAUAUUUUAUGUUUAAUUUAAAUUUGUCAUCUUGACCUUAGACGGUAUGUGUAAUUUUAACCUAUCAAAAUGUAUAGUCGAUAAAUGCUUACAUAUACUUACUAAACUGUCAACCCAUAUGUCAUUUACGAAAGAACUGAAUAUACUAUGCUACUAUGAACUAUGUUAUAAUGUUUAAGUAGAUAAAUUAAUCAACGAAUUUCUUUACUCAAUUUCAGUUUUUUUAGAAUUAAGUCAUAUAACAUCAUUUCAAUUGUAAAAAAAAAAAAAAAUCAAUCCUCAGACAGAAAGUAUUUUAGGAUUUAAUGAGACGUUCAAAAAUAAUUUAAUUCAUUAGGUAUGCAUAAUGUAUAAUGAGAUUUAAAAAAAUUGAGUCCUAUAUUAAACAAAAGAUUAAUUAAAUUUAAAAUCUAUUUAUAGUGUAUUUGAACUUAAGAAUCAAUAUGAAUUACAUAAAACGGGCAUACCCCGCGUAACGUGUAGGAGGUAGACGAAAGGUCAUUUGCCUUUUCUACGGUCCUUAUUAUAAUAUAUUUGCGUGUAUAAUUUUAUUUUUAUGUUCUGAUAAUAUUUUUUAACUACUGAUUUUAUUUUGUUAUAGAUUUUUUUUUAAAUUAAUAUAAAUUGCUACCAUCCUUUAAAAUUUGACAAUAAACGUUUGUCUGUGCCUUGCAGGCUAUACAGAUAGGUACUACAACUAUUGCAUAUUUUUGAAAUUUUAUUUCAAUUUUAUCGUAAUAUUCUCGAUAAAUAAAUAAAUUCAUUUAAUUUAGUAUUGAAAAUACUAAUGGCAAUCAUAGUAAUAUUAGGCUUAUUAUAUCUAUAAAUAUUUUUGUCACCGUUUUUUAAAAAAUAUUCUAAGGACGUAAUUUUAUUAAAAAUAAAAAAAACAACUCAAUAAAAAAUGUGUUCAAAACGUGCAGUAUUUUUAAAAAUUAGGUUUGGUAUCAGGCCUAAUAUACGUACAUUUUUAUUUUUUUUUUUCUGGUUAAAGAUGAGUAUAAAGUAUUUUACAAUUUUGAACGCCAAUUUGUAAUUUCAACUAUACACCAUUAAAUUGGUGAUUUUGCUCGAAAUAUAAAUAGAAAUCAAAGUCACAAUUGUUGAAUUCUUUCCCCCUAAAACAUCCAAUCAUUAUUAUUUGAUGCACUGUAACUGCUCCUACUACAACUAAAUAGGUGUAUCGAAUUUACAGCGGACGAAGAGAUAGAUCGGUACUGUAUUUUCUAGAUUGAUAACUCUAAUAAGGUACAUACGGAGAGGCCUCUCUGAGGGGGUGAAUGUAACUAAUAACUAUGUUUCCGGAGCGUUAACCUGACAAAAUAAUACAAACAAUUUUUGUUUUAAAAAAAAAAAUCAAGCAGAAACAAGAUAUUUUUUCAAUAGUUUUUUUGUUUGAGUAUUGAAUAGGAAAUAAGAUGCGGCUUUUAUAAUACUCCGUAAACCUAUAUUGUAUAUCUGUAAUGUUAAUAAUUUUGUUUCCCUCAUCAAAACAUUCAAUUAGUUCUUUGACAGGUAAUAAACACAUUCAAGUCGUUAUAAUUCUAUUCAAAAUAUAAGUUGCCCUAAGGAAUGAAAGUAAAGUGAAAUUAGGAUUUUCAUUGAACUGGUUUAGUAUAUACUCGUUUAUUAUAUAGUAUACUUUUGCAUUUUGGAUGAUAAUUAUUAUCGGCAACUAUACAUAAUUUUACUGAUUCAAACGAUCAUGUUUCACAUACAUAUUUAUUAAAGUAUUAUAAGAUUUGAAACGUAAUAUUCGUUAUUACAAAAACAUAAAAUUAAAAUAAAUUAUGUAUAAUAAUUAUUAUAAAUAUAUAAAACAAAUUAUAUGUGCCUAUCGAUUGCAUAUUUCAAGAAUAUAUUUUAUGAAUAGUAGACUAGGUAUUUGAUAAAAUAAUAGAUAGAAUCAAACACCUAUAUAAGUAUAAUAUCAUACAUAUUUUUAAAUUUAACACUAUAGUGUAUACAUAAAAUAUUUUUUAUAAAAAAACUUUUUUGAAAUUUUUUCAGACAUUCACAAUGAGAAAUUAUGAUGAAUUUAAGAUUUUUUUUUAAAUAUUUCUAACCUAUACAAGUUAUGUAACAAACAAACAUUAGGUAAAUAGAUUCCAGAAUAAUUUUAUUGAUAUCUGAUAUUAUUUUUUAUAUACUCGAAUAUCAUGUAUAAAACAACGUUAUCUCCUAAGACACUAUUAUUUUUUUGGACAAUAAAUGCACAACUAGUGCAAAUAGAUUAUAAUGUUGCAAUGUUUGUAAUAUAAAUAAUACUUGUGUAUACCGUCAUAUUAUAAGUAGGUACUUGCAGUAUAUAUAGUACUUAUUUAGUAUUUGAGGACACGAAUAUUUUUUUUACUUUAUUGCAUUAUUUCUAUUCCCUCAUAAUAUUUUAGUUCCUUCGAACAACUAUGUCGUGUACCUUUCGCCAAUCUCGUUUUGUCAAGGUCCUUAAGUAUUUUCCAUAGACAACUAUAAUGAAAUACAAUAACGUUUGUUUGGUCUCUAUAUUAUGGCUAUAGUGGACCAUAUUAAAUCGAGCCGUAAAUUUACUUUUAUUAAAACUUUAUUACCAACUAUACUAUAAAAUAGCUAGGUAGUAAUAGAACUAUGUUUCAGUUCACUAAUGAUCAAGUAGAUAGAUACUCAAUCAAACGUAUGCAUCAUAAUUAUAUCCUUUAUAAAAUAUGUUACCUAUUAUAUUUUGUUUUUAUUUUAAAACUCUAAUACGCUAAUUUUUCAAAAAUUUGUAUAUUUUAAUUUAUAGAAUACGCUACAGGAUCAUUAACAAGUAUUAAAAUUAUUCAUAUAUGGGAAAAAAAUUAGAACAUACACCUGUAACAAUUUUAUUAUUACCUAAGGCAUAAGGCCAAUAUAGUAAUAAUAAAAUAAAACGGAAUUUCGUGACAAUUUUUGUUAUUUAUUAUUGUUAUUGUUAUAUAAAGUAGUUUAACUAAAGAAAGAUGAGAAAGAAUUCUUAGACAAAUUUCGAAAAAAAAAACAUCACUGAAAGUAUAGAUAUGUGGUAGUAAAUUGUUUUAACUUUACAUCUAAGUUCUAUUUAUAAUAAUACAUAAAUCACGGAAAUACCUAUAAUAAAUAAGAAUUACAAUUAAAAUUAUUGUUCAUAAAUUAUAGUAAUUUAUUAGUCCAAAAGUCAAUAGGACAAUAUCUAAAACUCAACAUUAAAAAUAGGGUCCUAGAUGAAUUCAACUACCGAUUGCUUAAAACGAAAAAUUUAUAAAACUCAAAUAAUUAUUAUUAUACCUAUGUAAAGUUAGUAUUGAACAAAAAAUUGAGUAGAUCUUACAGGUCAACAACAUUAAAAUCGCCUACACAACAAAAAUCACGGAGGAAGUCGAUUUACAGUCCGUUAUAAAUCCAUAAAAAAAAAUAUAUAAAAACAGUUGAACAUAUUUUUACUACGCGAGAUGCAAAUAUUAUAUUAUUGUUUCGUUGGUAAUCAUUUAAAUUUAUUAUCGUCAAACAAUGUUUAAGAUUGAUGUUAUAAGUUCGAUCAAUUGUAUUAAUAAAUAAAAACAAUGAGCAAUGCGCAUUAUCAUGUUGAAAGUUACCGAGUGAUUUAAAAAUGUAAGUUAAAACUUUAUUCAGUUUUGAUUUUAAUCAAAAAUGACGUGAUCAAUGAUUCCUAAACUAUGUAUUAUAUCAAUAAAAUAUAUUUUUUAUUCGUAGAGAUGAAAUAAUAAACAUUUAAACAUUUUUUUGUACUUGAUCACUUUUAGCAUGAUGAUAUAUGAAAUUAAGACGAAAAUAAUUAUAUUAUAAUAUAUACUUCUAUAUAGUCAAACUUUCACACGAUGUCAUCUACAUACUUUUAUAAUUUUCUAAAUAUAUUAUAUUUUAAUUACAAAAUAGAUAAAUAGGAUACCAUACCGUGGGAAAUAUAAUUUAUAAAUCGCAAUUGCUAUAUAUUUACUUUAAAACUACGAAAUUUAAUUUAAAUUUAAUUUUUAGGUAGGCACUUAUAAAAUGAUAAUUUAAUUUUAAUAACUUUCAUAUCUUGAGAAAAUGGAGGUAAUUUAUUUACCUACCAGCAAUUGGACACUUUUAAUAGGUAGGUAGGUACUAGGUAGAUAUUAUUUACCUAUAUUGUUUACUGCCUAUUAAUUUCCUACUAAUUUCUAGUAAACAUAAAUGGAUACUAUUCUCAACAAAAUUACAAAAAUAAUUUUAUAUUAGUCUCGUGUUCGUUAUUUAUGCAUAAAUAAAAUAUUUAACGAUUCUCAAUUUGGAAAUUGCUCGGAUGAAAGUAGCAACAACCGAUUGAACAAACUGAAUUAAAUACAUCAUUGAAAAGUAAGUAUACAAAUAAUAAUAAUAUAAUAGCUUCUAUUUGUGGUUAAAGGGAAAAGCGGUUUAAGAAACGCUCGUAAGAAAAAGCUCUACUUAAGAUUAUAAAAAGAAAUAUCGUGUUUCCUGUAUGCAGGUUUUAUCCAAACAUUCUAAACUGGUUUAUAUAAGUUUACGUUGACAGAGAGAUUAUAUACAGAAUGUAUAUGAAUUUAAUUUAAUACUAUAUAGAAUAAUUUGUUAAUAUAAUUAUUACAUUUCACUUCACAUAGAUAUUAUAAUAUUAUGAAGUAUUGUAGACAUUAUAGUGGACGUGUGUGUGUGCUCGCUGCUAAUACAAAUCAAUGUUAAAACCUUUAACCGAUUUCUAUAUAACUGCAAGUUAUGAUAGUAACCAAAAAUAAUUUCACCUAUAUGUAAUGUUAUUAUAUUCUAAAUGACUAAUUGGUCCUGGGAAUAAACUAAAUAAUACUAAAUAUUAUUUUUAUUAUUUUAUUAUUUAAUAAAUAAUUAUUUUUUUUUAUGUACCUCAUUUUUCAAAUAAGUAAGCAUACGAACCGAUUUGGCAAUUUUAUAUUUUUGGGAAAAUCAUUUAGUAUACAGUGUUUCACGAAGUUCUGGCAAAUAGAAUAACUUUUGUUCUAUUAAAAAUUUUUAAUUUUUUGUAAUAAUUCCUAGAGCCUUACGCUUUAUUUGAUAAUUUAUGUAUAUGUAAAAAUAUAUUAUAUAAUCUGGUGUAAUUUUAUUUAAGUUUACCUUUUUAUGUUAUGAUAUAAUAACAUCGCUCAUUAAUAUAUUUAAGAUAUAUUUAAAAAACAGUAAAAUACAAAUUUGAAAACAAAUAAAUAUUAUAUUAUUUUUGUUGAAAAAUAUUGGAUUUAGAAGAAACAUCGUAAGAAUGUUUUUUAUAGAAAAUGUCUUAGUUCUUUCAAUAAGAUUCAAUAAAUUUCUAUGUUAAGUGCAAUAUUUUUUUAAUUAAGUACAAACAACUUUAAAACUGCCCUGUUUGACAAUUUUCAACUCUCUUGCGGUACGUGAAGGGGUGAGUUACUAUCACCAAAUUUACAUAACUUAGUUUUUUAUGACGAAAAAUAUAAGAAGAUGAGAAAUCAAAAAAUUGAAAGUUCAAAAAUAAGGGCCACCCAAAUAUACAUUUUUUAACUAAAAAUAACAAAUAUAGAUUUUUAUAAAAUCCAAGAUAUUCAUAAUCCAUUUGAUAAAUAUUUUGAAACAACCUUUUUGAUGUUACAAAUAUUUACUUACGAUAAAUCGUUAAGUUUCUACAAUAUUUUAAAAUUUACGAAAAUCAUUAACAAACAUUUUUUUCAUAGAAAUAUUAGUGAAUUAAUUCAUCUUAGUUAUUAAUGAAUAAUAAAAACAAUUUAAAUUAACGCGUAAACUUAAAAACAAAUUAUAGAAAAUUAACUAUUUAUUGUUAUAAGUAAACAUUUAUUUGUAACACCAACAUUUUGUUUCGAAAUAUAUUUAUAAAAUAUAUAAUCUAGGGAGGUCAUUUUUCAAUUUUCUCAGUAGUUUUCCAAACGAAUGUGAAAAACCAGGGUAAAACAUGGGAAAACCGGGAUAAACGUAGGAAAACUGGGAAAAUCGGUACAACAUUAAACAAAUAUUAUUAAAGAAAAUAUAUAGAGCUUAUUUAAUUAUUUUACUAUAAUAUGGCUUAUAUAUUGUUGACAAAGCAUCAAUAUCAACUGAACUCAUGGUUUAACAAUGAUUUAUCGUUGCUCAAAGAUAUACAUUGGAUUCCCAUUUGUAUCCUAUCCUGCCUUCUUAAUUUCCCACCUACACCCGUCCCCAUUACCUUUAUUUUUUUUAACACAAUUGGUUUUUUUCAAGUUGCGUUUGUCACAGUAUUCGAAAUACUAUAUUAAAAAUAUCCUAUAAAAAAAAAGGGGGGGGCUUACUUUGCACGCUGUUGCAGCCACUAUUGUAGGUGAAAAGUUGGGAAAGUAAGAUACAGAAGAGAAUUUAUUGUACAUCUGUAAGCAAUGAUAAUCUAUUGCUAACGAAAAAACGAGUAAAAAACUAAGUAGAGUUCAGUUGAUAUUGAUAAAGCAUCAACAGUUUAUAUGUCAUAUUAUGGUAAAAUAAUUGCAAAAGCAUUAUAUACUUUCUUAAAUAAUAUGUUUCUCCAUUUUCUCCAAACGUUAAUUUUACGUUUUUUUGUUUUUUUUUUUUAUAAGUUAUGAGCUAUUUUUCUAAAACAAUAUAUUAUAACAUGUGAAACAAACCUCUCGUCAUUUAUGAUAACAAACCCCAUUUAUUUCUUAACAACAAAAUUAUAUUUAUUUGUUAUACUUAUUACUCAUCAGUACAGUAGAAAAUUACACGCAAAAAUAAUUUAUAACAUUUAGAACAUUAGUUAUUUGUCAAAUGAACAACAACAAUGUUAGCUAUAAUAUUUAAUUUGUAAACCGCAAAGAAAUACUCACUAACUUAAAAUUCAAUAUGUUCGUUGUCAACUUUGUCAUUCGACUAUAAUCUGCUGUUUACCGAUAUAAAAAGGAAUAAAUGAUAAUAUCACUGUGCAGUACAAACAACAAACAAAACGCCAUCUAGUUUCAGUAUUAUUAAUAUUGUGACAAUAACGAUAUAAGAUAUUAGGCAUUUUAAAUUAUGAUGAUAACUCGAGGUUUAUUGAAUAUAAACAACUAAUUCCGAGCCUCCCUGUAUACUGCUAAUUUUUUUAAAUAUUAAAACUCAAUUUUCUCCAAUCAAUAGUUAUAUUUUGUACCUACUUAAUUAUUACAAUAAUGGCAUUACUCGAAUUAAGGUUAUGGAACUACAAGUUACAACGAUAUUCAAGGUGAACACGUUUUUAAGUUGUAGGUGUACGAUUACCUGCAAUUCAACUGGACAGUCAUAAAAUAGCUUGAUAAAAUUCAAAAUAAAAUAUCGCCAAGUACUCAAAAAAAGCCACAAAUCGAGUAUAUUAUGAGUAAUAAUUGUAAGUAAAGACCAAUUAAAACGUUUUUUUUUUUUUUUUUGAUUUCUUUUGAAAUAUUCUAUAUUCUAGAUGAAUGUAUUUUUAUUUAUUUCAAGUUCAUUUCGAUGUUAUCAUAUUCUAGACAGAAAAUAGUAAUUACAUAGUUUUAAAAUGUCUAUUAUGCUAUUUAACACACAUAAUAUCUGUUAUACAGUACCUACCUAAUAGUAAAUACAAAUGUUAUGUUUAGUAGUAUAGUAGUUUACGUAUUAUUAUUAUAAGUUUACGUAUAUAAUCUGCAAUCUCAUCAAGAUCUAUUAUUCUAUUACUAGAGUCACCAUAUUUUUAUUUUAUUAUACCACCCACCUCUUUGAAUUCAAAACAUUUUCGUUUGUAACACCACUAUACUUUUGAAUAACAUCACGCUAACUACUGGAUGUUAUCAAUAGAUAAUAGAGGUACAUUAAUUUCGCUUUAUUAUAUUAUUAUUAUAUAGGUAUCAUCAUGUUUUCUGUGUUCUGUCAUAGGUAGGUUAUACAGGUAUACAUCAUUUGGUUUUAGAAUCAUGUCAUCAUAUUAUCAUUAUUAUUGUUUGCCUAUAAUUUAUUUAUAACGAUGUUAUUAAAAAAUAUUUUAAUUAUGUAUAAUUGUAUCCAUUUCAUGUAAUAAUAAUAUGUCACUAACCAGAAGUCAUAGUAAACAAAAAAUAAUAAUGUGAAUUCAUCAAUAUAAGGUUUAUUGUUCUUAUUAAACUUAUAAUUUUAAAAUCCAUACUCAUGGAUAGGUUUUUAAUUUAUAAUAAAUAUACUGAGCUCAACAGUAACGUGACGUCAUUUGGGGUGAACUACUCAUGUAUUUUUGCCUCAGUAUUUAAUACUUAUUUGACUGUUUAGUUUAGUUAUAGGUAGGUUAAGUUAGGUAUAUUCAACAAAAGGAGUUUUUCCUGGAUAUUUUAAUAAUUUGGACUUAUCUGGCUAUUACACUAUCUGCAUAAUCAUCUGGCAUAAUCAUCUGGUUUUAAGUCGGUUAUAAAAACCAACAAGUUAGUUAACAACAUGGUGGUAAAUCAAAAAGGAAAAUACAAUUUUGGGGUGUUGUUAUCUCCAAGUCCAUUCUUAUCAAUGCGGGUGCCAGGUGAGGAUCCAGCCUACAUUAACGGAAGGGGAGGUAAAUAUCUUUACAUAUUUACUAUUUACCUACUGGUAAAUACGAGUAUAUUAAUAUAUAUAUUAUAUUUAAUUAUAAUGAAUACUUUUUUUCAUAAAUUGAAUUGAAUGUCUUUAUUGAAUUAUUUAGGAUUUAAAAUUACCCUUCUUUUAUCAAAUACCUUUUUAAAAUUUCACAAUAAAAUAUUAUAUACAAAUUUAAAUGUCAAAACAUAUUUCUGCUAUGAGAUUCUAGGUAACCAUCCUUUCCAAGUAGUUUAGCAAAUUUGGUUAAUGGUUCGGUUACAAGACCCUUAAGGGACAUUGUAUUUUUUGGUCCAAUGCUAGUAUUGGUAUGAUUAAAAACUGAAUAAUAAAUACAGAAUAAACCAUUCAUAAAUUUGAAUACGAGUAAUUUCAAUAAGGCCUGUUAAUUUUUUAUUGCUAUUUAUAUUUCAAAAGCUACAUGGCGUCUAUUCAAUUAAAAUAUAAUAUUCUUGUCAUAUCUUAGUAAUCUUAUUUUAAUUUUUUAUUUAUUUUAUUUAAUAUCUAUUAUGUUAAUUUUUCAAAAAACGUGUGUGUACAUUAAUGUUUUGUUGUAACUUAUUAUUAGAAUUAUAUAGGUAUAUAUAUAUUACGAUACCAAAAAAUGUUUUCGCUUUUUCUAAUGACAUACUACAUGAUGAUAAAAUCAAAGCAUUUUUAUUAUUUGACUAUUAAAACUAUUUGAGAGUGCGCAGUGUAUCCGCAGUUUUUCAGCAAAACGUUGAGAGUAUACGGUAUACUCGACACAAACCCUAUGCCAUAGGGUAUGUGUUCCCAUGUUCCCGUAGGGCCUACGGGAACAACACCAUCACUGAUAAUGUUAUAGUUUCUUCGCUGUAUACGAGUACACUCGGCGACAUAAUAUCACAAUUUUAACUUCGGGGUUCGUGUCGGAGACUUGAUAUAAUAUUAUAUCAUAGCCGGGGCGGUUCGUUUGACACGCGCGUGCGCGUAUUUAUACGAAAGUGUUGCUAAUCAUUAUAGGUGUACGCGCGUAACGUAACACGCGAAAAUGGUUUACAAAAAUAACCAAGUCUACCUAAUGUAUACUCGUAUUUACAUGUACAUAAUAUUAGUAUAUUAUCUGUAUACAAAUAGGAUAUACAUAAUGUUGUAUUUAUACGCGUGUAUGUAUACAUAGGCAUCUAUAAUAAUGAUGUACAAUAACGGCGGCGUAGGUACUCUUAUUAUCCGUAUAUUGUUACCUACGCGGAACGCGUACGGCGAGAAUCGUUUGCGGAAACCGCAGGGCGGUGGCUGUCGGGUGAAAGCGCGAGCCUACGUACAAUAACAAUACAAUAUAACGUGACCGCUUUAUUUAUAUUGUUAUUGUUAUUAUCGCUAGUGUAUUAUUAUAUUAGUAUUAGGUGCUAUAAUAUAUAAUAGCGUACUAUCCGUUUCGGCGGCCGGGAGAAACAAUCGCGGGGGUUCGCACGCGGGAGACCAUGGGAAGACGACACCGCGCGCGGCGGGCGUUACGCGAGUUCACCAGUCUGUUGUAACGCGGAACAGCUGCCGAUGAUUAUUACGAUAUUGUUAUUGUAAUGUUAUUGCAUCGGGCUGUAGUGAGAUGGGGCGGCCCACGCGAACGCGUAUAAUGAUAUAGUAUACACACAGAAAGUGUUGCGGCCCGUUUGUUUAUUUUUCGUUUACGUAUAAUAUUAUCCGUACGUUGUAUGAUUACGAUUGUUAUUACUAUUACCCUCCGCGCGUGUUGUCACCCGUCCCGAUUCGUCUGCUGUCGACCGUCGGCGAUGGUUCGAUCAGAAAUAAACGGCAAAGACGUACGGGUUUAUUUUCCCUCGGAGCAUAAAAAGUAUAGCCGGUAUCGGUACACCAUAGUGUACCGGAGGUCGGGACGCGUAUUAAGAAUCCCGGGACGGCACAGAGCCGUCUCUAUUUAUCACGUUCUAGCUCAUUGAUCGAUUUCAAAUUGCCGCGGAUAUGACCAAUGAGCAUUAGAGCUGAAAGCACUCUGCGGCGUCCCGGUCGGUUCCCUGUUACGCGACCCGAAUGCCGAUAUACGGACGGUGAACACGUAUCGACCGGCGUUAAAAAAUUCGCCACGUCCGCUUCUAAAUUAGAUACUUGGGUAACGAAUACUGCAUACAUAGAUAAUCUGUGGUAUGAGUUACACAACUACACAGAAAAGGCCAUCGUUUUUAUUUUGCACGGCCCCCGAGCCAGGGAUGAAUCCAAGCCCCCCCCCCCCAGACAGAUAAUUUUUUUUUAUAAUUCUAUGUAGAUCCUGAUAUAUUACUAUAUUUCAAUCACAGACAUAUAUUAUUAUACAUAUCAAUUCCAAUAUUAUAGUUUUGUUUUUACGUGUUAGUUGUUGACACCGCAAGAGUGUGCCACGUCACCACCAAAGUUGGCCCCGGACAAUCACAAAUAGAUUGUGGUUGAUUUAACUAUUAUGGUACUAUAAUUAGAACCAUAGACAUUGUAUUAGUAUUUGUGUUAUAAAACAAAUUGUUGCCCUUCCCCUCCAGAUCUUUGCUUUGGAUUUGUGCCUGUCCGAGUGUGCAAGUGUUGAAAGUCAGGUACCGAUUAGCUUAGUGGUAGAACAAUCGCCCGGCAAGUGAGAGACUGUUAAUUGUCAACACUAUUUACCGGAAGAGAACGACAGCGUCGUGUUUAUAUAAGUAAUGUCCAUUGUGACUUUAUCGAUAUUCUGUGUUAAUACUCUAUGAUUUUCCGAACGCCAUUUCGCUCUCGUAAACUCCUUAUUGGAUAGGCGACGAGUAAAAUAACGCGUUACAGAAAACUAAGUUCCCUAAUGUUUUUUAUUUUUUUUAUAUUUUUAGUUUAUUUUUGGUUUUUUAAGAAUUUGUUUGUGGAUUUUAAAUGUUAUAAGUCCCGAACCCUGUUAAUAAGUAAUAGUAAUGCUCGAUUAUCAUGGCAUAUCGUUACGAAUUGUUUUCAAAUUAUUAGCAAAGGUUUGAAGUUGAUCGGACAACAUAAGGGGGCUGCGUAAAUUUGGCCCGCUUUACUUAAAAAACUUCUUGCGGUGAAAAUAAGUGUUUUCAAAUUCUGAUGACUGGUUUUCAAAUGUUUUCAAAUUAUUUUCAAAAUAAUGGUAGAAGUUUUGAGACAAUUGGUCAAAGUGGGGGAUAAAGCCAACUUCACUCACGUCAUAUCGUUGCGUAACGCAAAAGCAAACGAGCCCGAUUUCACCAAAAUGCAGUCGAUAUUAAUAAUUUAAUAAUAACAAUAAUAAUAAUAUUAUAACGACCGUAAGCGGCACGUGUGUUGGCGAUUUUAUAAUGUCGACGGCCGAAUUUGCGUGUGCGAAUUCUUUCGGUCGACAUGAAUAAUAUGUAAAUAAUGGUCUGUCUAGUCUGUUUCAUGUACCACGGUCGCGGUCGACCAAUAUGUAUAUAAAUUCCGUGUUGCGGCCAUUGUCAGAGUUAAAAAAUACAAUAUAAUAUAAUACAGUCAGUAGGUGCAUUACGUGUAGGUAGAUACAAUAAAAUACCGCUAGUUUAAUUUUUAGUAUUUUUUUUAGUACACAAAUAAGAUGUUCAGUACACUUAAAUAACAGUGCAGUUCAAAAAAGUACCUAAAAUAUAUUAAACAUAUUAUAUAUAUUAUUUUGAAAGUUAUUGAUUUUAAGUUUUCGACAUCGAUAUAUUUUUAAUUUUAUUUCAUUCGGGUAUUUAAAAUUAAAACUUAAAUAUACUUAAACAAACUGUAUGUUUUAGUUAGUUAUUCUCUUUAAAACCUAACGAUAAUAAUAAUAUGUAUAUACUUGUGGCGUUUUACAAUUUGUCUAGAGAUCCCAAUACUGCUUAUUUUAAGACGGGAUCGUAUUGAAAACUGACACCAUUUUAUACUAUAUGUAUUGUAUACGAGCAGCAAAUUCACAAUUUAUUGUGUUGAUUUAUUUUUGCAUUUUCUACUCAAUGCAUGAUAUGAAUAUAAGUUUAUACAAUACAUCAACUAAGUUUUAGGAUAUUCUAGCGUACCUCUUCUUCUUUUUUAAAAGGAAACGCGUGGGCCGGGUCGUUAUUUAAGGUUACUUAUUUUUAUGAAAUUGUUCAACUUAAAUUUUUGUGUUAAUAUAUAAACGCAAACUCUAGCGUUUUACUUUUUGACUUUGUAAUUUACCUAAUGAUACGUUUUUAAUUCGAAAUCGGUCGUACAAUACACAUAUCUCAAUAUUCCGGGCGACGCAUUUAUUUAUUUAUUUAUGUAUUUAUUUACGAGUAUUAACUAUUUAAUAAUUUUGUUUUUAUUUUUUUAUUAUACUAUUCUGUUUUGUUAUGGUACGUUUUUAAUGGUUUUAUAGUAAUGCUUAUUAGGAGACCGUAAAAAGGAAUUUUAGGGGGGGAGGGGCGAAGGUUAUAUAAGGAAUAUUAAACUACUAGGGGCGCUACUUUUUUUAAAAUAACUAGAGAAUCUCUACUAUAUUUUUUUCAAGUCAAACACUGUACUCGUAUGUAGGUAGAGUUUAUUUUAAACUAUCUGUUUGUAGUACUAUUUUAAAAUUGAUACAUUUACAGUUGCAUAGGCGUGCGAUUUUUGAUACAGUUUUAACCCUUACAGUAGGUAUACACGCCAGUAUAGGUACACGGUAUGAUAAUAAUAUUGUUUUCAAUUCAAGUAUCAUUUAGUUUUACCGAUAUCGUAAAAAUAAAACAAUUGUCGCGGUGAACACGAAUAUUUUGUUAUGACAAUAACAUUAAUACAUAUUUUUGAAAUGUUUUAAUAGGGUGGUUGCAGUAUAAGUACGUAGGGGCACGGAAAAUGCAAAAGUUAUGACAGCUAUUACAAAAAAAAAAAAACAUGCAGUAACAAAACUGAUAGGACAUAGAUUAUUUUUGAUUUUUCGAUAUUGUUAUUGUGUAUAAUACCUAUCGCGUUUGUCCACAAAUAUUGUAACAUAUUUUGUAUAUUAUGCGCGGUCUGCGUUCGGUCUCGGCGGCGAAUGGAUUGCAAAACGUUUUGUUGAUAAUGAGAGUCCUAGAAAACUACUAAACGCGACGGCGGCAACGUGUAGCGGCUCUACCCGUGUGAUUAGGCACGCGCGCGCGCGCGCGCCCGCGGUCGAUUGACGAUAACUACCGUACUUUUACAUAUUAUUAUUAUUGUACCUACGUAUCGUAUUAUAAUUUGUCAUUAUUAUCGUUAUGAUAUUAUAAUAUACAUGCAGGUACCGACAUUUUGAUCGAAUUAAACCAUCGGAUAUAUUAUUAAUAUUAAUGUUAUUAUAACAACUAUACAAUACGUGCAACCGUUGUUUGCGCGCCGGACUGUGUCGAUUUCAUUAUUCAUACGAGCACAUCAUACCUUCCGCGCAUAAAAUAUAUCGCAAUGUAAUAAUAUAUAUAAUUAUAUAUUAUAAUAUGGUAUAGGUAUAAUAUAUAAAUAUAAAUAUGUGACACAUCGGGACGAAUGGUGUGAUUAUAUAGGUACAAAUAUUAUACAAGUUGUAUGUCGAUAGUGCAACGGUUAGGUUAGGUAGUAUUAUAAUAUUAAACGGUAUGUCGUUCACCGGCCGCAGUCUUAUAAAGAAUAUUUGUUUGUAUUUUUUAUUGGAUAAAAAUCUAACCGAAAGUGAUUCAUAAAAUAGCUAAUAUGUCUACCUAUACUUGAAAAUAUAGUAAAAUAUACUUAAUGGAUACAUUUGUUAUUAAUUAUACUAAUAAUAAUUGGUCAAGUUAAUUUUUUUUAACGCGAAAUCAAAUCAGUUAAGUGGAUAUUAAUAAAAAUGUAUGUAUUUUUUUUUUUUUCAUAUUUUUACUGUAUAUGAAUAUAAGAAAAUAUCCUAACGAUUUAAUCAGACUAUUUCAUUUUCAAUUGCGUUAUUUAAAUAUUCGUGUACUCCUCUAAAAUAUUUAAUUAUUAUAGGGUAUUAUUGGAUAGAUUAGAUUGAUAAGUAUAAAGUACUGAAUAAGACUGUUGUUUACUGCAGUGUUUAUUGGUAUACAUUACGAACAUCAAAUGGUUUUUUUUUUUAUUAGUAUUAGUUUUUUGUAAAACGAAAAAUUGUAUUAGGUACCACGAGAGGCCAAGCGCUAUACAAACAACAUUAAACAUAAAUACAUCUACAUAUAAUUAAAUUUUACAACUAUUCAAAUAUACUUUUUACCAUCCAUUUACUAUUAUAAAUUCUUAAUUUGUGAAAUUCUUUUUAUUGCCAUACAUUUAAAUUUUAGUUUAACUUCUUGUAAACGAUCAUAUUACCUAUAAUAUUAUACAUACCUAGACUAUCUAUAUAUUUAUUGCGAGUUUUCUCUUAUUAUUAUAAUUUAAAAUUCAAGAAAUAAGUCACAUAAGUUAGAAAAAUUAAUCAAAUUCAUUCUUAUUGAAGAUUUUAUGGAGAUUAUAAUGAUCACCAAUAAUUAGUUUAGUGAUCGUCAAAAUUGAUUAUUUGUUUUAUCAUACCCACAAGAAGAGAAUAUUUUAUCACGGGGCUUAAAAUAGGCAAUCAGAUACUCUACAGCUACUGUAAUUUAUCAAAAAGUUCCCAUAUUAUAAUCUUCGCACGCUAUUAUUUAUAUUAUAUAAUAUUAUAUUGCUAUGAAUAGAAAUCGUUUUUAUUUUUUAUUUCGUCAUUUUUAAAUAAAUCACGGUAUUUGCGAUAGAUAUAAUAAUGUAUUGUAAAUUUUCGUUCUAAUCAAUGAUUCUUCAGUAUAUCAAUUUUAGGGUAUACGUUCGUUUAAAAAUGUUAAAUAUUUAACUGUCAAAGAGAAUAAGAAAAUGUGAGAAAAAUAUAAAUCAAGAAUAAAAAAUAACAAUUGGAAACAAAGACUACUUAUGAAUAAAUCGAGGACAUUCAUUUAAUUGUAAACCAAUUCGCUGAUUAAAUACUAAAAAAAAAAAUAAUAAAAUAACUUUCGCCAAUAAUUAAACCCAUGUAAUAAGAACCAAUAACACAUUAACAAUAUUCUUAUAAUAAUUAUUACGUUGCAUGUGUACACUUUGGCGUUUAUAAGUUCCAACUAAUUGCACUGCAACCGUAAAUCCAUUAUUACAAACAUACCUACUAUCAAAAAGAGUACCUACAAAUAACUGCUAUUUCUUUCGUAAAUACUAAAUAAUAUUAAGGCUACAUCACGCAGUAAAUGUAUGAUUUAUAAUAGUAUACAUAAUAUAUUCAAAAAUUGUGGGUUUCAUAAGUACUUUACAAGCGUCUAAGUGUCUCGUCUAGUGUCUGAAUCAAAUUUAACCUCGUCAUGUAUGGUAAAAAAUUCGUCAACACGUAGGUAUUUUAUAUAAUAAAACCUACUACCUAUAUACAAUUCGAACAAGUGUUAAUUUCGUUGUUUUAAAAACAAAAUGUGUGGGUAUUUUAGUUGAAUUAAACAAUAGAUAGAUACAUUUUUGAAAAAUACAAUCGGUUUACAAAUAUCACAAAUUAUUAAUUUAUUUACAAUAAUAAUUAUGACUAUGUGUAUUUUUGUCUGCCUAUAAACAACUUUCCUACCCGAAAUCUUGAUUUGAUCAACAAUUUUGUUUAAUUGGUAUAUUGGGAAGGUUAUUUUUUGAUUUUCCUUGAAGUAGUAAAAAAAAAAAAAAUUAAGUCCUAUGUAGUAAUUUAUGUAAUAAAGAUAGUAAUUUAUGUAUAGGUGUUUAAAGUUUAAAUUGUAUGACAAUCAUAAAAAUUACAACAUUUCAAAAUAUUUUUAACCGAAAUUCGCUCAAGAUUGUUUUCGUUAAAGCACCGAUUUAUCGUUGGGUACCUAUAUAAUUUAAAUAACUGUAUUUAUACAUUCCUAACUACUUAACUAGAAUAUUGGCACACUCAUUAACAGUAUCUGCUUUUUUUUUUUGUUAUAAAUGUUAGAAAACGAUAAUUUGUUUAAAAAAAAAUAAAACAUAAAAUUAAGUAUAUGUAUGCAUAUGUUAUACAAAUAUCUAGCCACAUGUAACCGCGUAAAAGUCACUUUUAAGUUUCGAAACAUAAGUUUUAUCCCCGUUCUGAUCGUUCGUCAGUUACUAUAGUAUAUAGUCAGAGAUGGUUUGAAUAUAAAAGUUAUACACACUCCAAAUAUUAGGAAAGAGUGAUUGUAGUCGUUAAAAUGUUGAAUAAAUUCCGAGAAAUAAAUUCAUACAAAAUUCGAAAAUUUAAUUCUUAAUUUUACCCUAUAAUUUUAUUAUAAUUAAAAAAGUGGCAAUUAUCAUAAUAUUAAAAUAUUCCUUACCUUAGAUCAAUUAUUAUGUAUUGUAUUUUGUACUUUUGAGUAUUUUUUUUUUGUUUUAUCAAAAGAAAUUAGUAUAGUAUACAAUUAUAAGUAUACUAAAUAAAUUAUUUAUGGAGUACAUUUAUGGCGGUGGGUUGGGUAUUAUUUUAUAUUACUUGAACGACCAAAUAAUAUAUCCCAAGCAACCUCUAUAGAUAGAUACAGUUGUUGAUUUGAUAGACAAGGAGAUAUGCAAUGUAAUAAGGUGUCCAGGUAACACUUAAUACUUCGACUGGAUGAUCUUGAAUUUUCGAAUUUCAUUUUCGGAAGAUGAUAGAAGGCAUUGUAAUACACGUGACAUAAAAACUAUAAAAUAUAUAUAAAAUAUCAGUUUCAAUCUCAAUUCCAUCGGGUGAGUUUGAUGAAGAUAUGAUGAUUUUUAAAAUGUUGAUCAAUCACCAAGACUCUUUAGAAAUGAAAAUUACAUUCUCUUGAAGACUAUUUAAAUUCUGAGGAAAAACUGUAUUAUUCUUUAUUCAAACUUCAAAUCCAAAUAAAUUCUUACCUAUAUGAAUAUACAGGGCGUAAAAAAUUACACGGAGAAAUUAUAAAUCUAAAAAUAGUAAUAAUUGUAACUAAAAUAAAAAUUAUAUGUAUUUAUAAAUAAAAAAAUUAAAUUGAAAAAAAAAUAUGUGUAUAUAUAAAUAUAAAAAAGUAUAUAAAAAAAUAAAUAUGUAAACAUUUAAAGAGUAUACAAGUGAUACAAGUGAGUACUUUGUGCGUAUCGUUUUAAGAUUUUCUGACCAGACUUCAAGCUGUCAUUCAACCAUUCAAACCUUAGUAAUAACUUUGAAUUGAAUUUUCAUUUUUUGUUAACGGGUACAUAUUAAACUAUUAUAAUGCUGUAAUAUGUAAUACAAUAAAAUUAGUAUAAGGUUAGGUUAAGUUACAAGUAUAUUCAAUAUGGAUAGAAACAUGUCCAUGAAACUCAAUCUGUUUAAAAGUUAUAAUUUUAAAAACCAAUAAAUUAGCAAACCAACAAUUUAAAGAACUAUUUUCAUGCAACCCGGCAUAAAUAUAAUAAUUGACAUUAAUAAUAGAAUAUCACCUGUGUAUUAUUUGUAACGAUUAUAGUCUGUACUAUAGAUACAAGCAAAAUAUAAUAAAUUGGAACGUUCAAAUACGCAUAGUCAUACAUUCAUACGUACAUACUGUAUACUAUACAGGUAGGUACACAAUGAAGAAUAAUAUUUGUAUUAUUUUCCAUAAAAAUAUUACGGACGAAAAAUUAUUUGAAUACAAAACGAAAAAUGCAGAGACCAGGGAAUGUUUAAAAUUAAAAACAUGAUUCUAUGUAAUCUAUAAUUUAUUAUUUAUCACGCAAAACAAUAAUAAAUACUAACAUGUAACAAUAUAUCUAUAAUUAUCUGCAAUUUAAAUAUAGGCUUAUAAACGAAGCCGAAAACAUAUAAAAAAAACAAAAUUGAAAUACAUCGAAAAAAUUAGUUUGUUUACUGUCAUAUGAUGCGUAAUGUAUAGGUACACUCUGCUGCAGUAUCUAUAUUAUUAGUUAUUACUAUGGAUGUUUCGAUGUUGACGACAAUUUUCAAAAUUGAAUGUCAACGAUUUACACCUUUAUAAUAUAUGAGAACAUAUUGUACAAGUUUUCGUUUGAAUACGCGCUUUUAAGCGUAGAUAUAUUUCUAUAUUUUUUUUAACAGUCAUGGCGCAUAAUAAUGUAUAUGGACGGAUAAUGCACGAUCCACUAAUGCAUACGGGUGCUACAGAGCUACUAUUGAGGUAUAUAUAAGUAUUAGGUACUAUUAUUUAUAAACAGCACAAUCGCGAGUUGACAAACUGUAAAAGUGUCAUCGGCACUGUGAAAAAUAAACUGAACGAAUGGUACUAUAAUGUCGAAAAUCGGUGUAACCUAUACGCAGGUACACGUUUUAUUACACAACAAAAAUAUUAUGUAUAGUUACGUUCAGUAAAAUUGUAAAGAACACAGACACACAAUAAUAUUAUAUUAGUAUUGUGUAUUAGUAAAGUAUAGGAUGAUGUUAUUUUACUGCACUCAUAUUAUUAUAUUAUAUAUAUUUCAUAUCAUAUUAUUAUGACGGUCGGUAAAUAGAAGUUUGGUAUAAUAUAGGUAUUACCAUUAAUUUUAUAAUAUACUAUAUAUAAUAUUAUAUAAUUGUAUAACAUAGUAUAUUAUAAAAUCAAUGAAAAUACCUACCCGAGAAUUUGAUUAAAAUCAUUUUACGAACGGUCCAUAUGGUAUAACCAUGAUAUGAUCGUUACGAGAAAUUGGAAAGUAUUCACUUUUUUUUUUUUUUAAUAAUUUAAGUAACAAAUACAUUACUAUUAUACUUGUUCGCCCUUAUUUUUGGAAUUAAACCGACUACAGCUACUUUUGAUUUUCAAAUGACAACUUAUAUUAAAAAAUCCUAAUAUCUCGUCAACAGUUAUACAGAAAUCAAAAAUGUCAACACCAAAAUAUAUUUAAAUUUAUAUCCCGUAUAUUUAUGGAAUUAGUUAUAAAGGCUGCCUGUUUAAAAUCAAAACUAGGUAGUCGUUUCACUCCUAAAAGUAAGGGUAAUGAAAAAUAAUGGUAAUAUACAAUUUUUAGAGUAACUUAUUAGUUAAAAAAUAUUGAUUAAAAAGUUAAUACUUUCCAAGAUAUCACAAAGAACAUAAUUACCUACAUGGGACAUCUUGUAUAAAACGCAUAGUACUCGUAAAUAUUAUUAAAAAAAUACAUAUGUUAUGUCGCACAACAAGACGAGGUCGCACUUUUAUCACCAACCAGUGACGUAACUAAGACCUUAUUUCGGGGGGUAAUUUGAGUAUUUGUUAUUAAUAACAAGAAGAACAUACAUACUUAAUAUGUUUUAUUAGCACUUAAUAAAAGUUUAUGAUUAUUUACGUAGGAAAAAAAGGUUUUAGGGAGUUAUAUAUCACCCACAUCAAUCCUCUCCCCCAGUUACGUCACUGUCACCAACACAGUCGUAGCAGCUAAUCGUGGAGUAGUAAGAGAUUAGGUUAAAAUAAUUAUGGUUUUAGAGAAUUAAACGUUUAAUGAGCAUUAAUAGAAAUAAAAAUAUAGUAUUUGAUAUAAUUAUACAGAAUAAGAUAUUAUAUUAUACACGGUGUUUUUUAAUUGUUGCGGAACAAUAAUAAUGCAAAGUUUCAGUACCUAAUAUGGAAAAAACGUGUAUUUUUUUUUGACCUAUUAUUUGGAUUUUAUUUUGUUGUAUAAAUUUCAAAUUUGUAUAACGCUCCAGUUCACGCACUCCAAAAUCUACUUUUCUUUUCGAAUUAUUAUGUAUACAUACCUAAACCUAUAAAUCCUCCACUAUAUAGUUUUUAUACUUCAUCCGAAUAUCCGAUUAUGGUACAGUGAAUUGGUGUUUUUAUUUUUUAUAAUUAUUAUAAUAAUGUUGUUGGUCGAACAAUACAAUUAUUGUAGAUUUUAAUUCCCUAGAUAAUAUUAAAUAUAAAUAUAAAUUUUAUACCAGUGUUCUCCAACCCGGGGAGCGUGAACACAUUGCUGGGGAGGCGUAGAAUAAAAGAGAUUGGGAACCACUGAUUUAAACAAAACAUCUAAGCCGUGUAACAUUUUAUAAAUUAAAUAGAUUAUUCGACAUGGGUUCUAAUCGCAAUGGUUUAAAAAAUAUUAAUAACAUUUGGAAAUAAUGUGAUCUGUUCUAAGACAAUUAUUAAAAUCUCGUGCGAUCCGAUGCAGUUUAUUUUCCCACACGUCAAAUAUUUUAAAAUUAUCAAAAUUAAAUAUUUAAUACAUUCCAACUCAUCACUGUUUAAUAUAUUAAAAUCAUUAUUUUUCCUAAUGUUGAACGGCUAUCGUAAUAAUAUAUUAUAAAUAAAUAAUUUAUAGAUAAUAUUAUAAUAAUAUCUAAUAGAUAGGUAUUAACUAAGAUAAUAAAAAUGGUAGGUACUAACAGAAUAUAUUAUAAUUAAAUAAUUAAUAUAUUUUAUAAUAGUGUAUUAAUUUGAAAAAAGUUGAUUUUAAAAUAAAAGUUCACUUAUUAGAGUAGAGUAACACAUAUAAUAUACAAUUUUGAAUUAAAUGCAUUUGAAAAAUAAAAACUAGUAUCUAUUUUUAUUUUAUGAAACCAAAAAUUUUAAUCACGAUUUUCAUUCCAAUUAAAAAACAUCAUCACGCAUGAGAACACGAAUUAUUGCACAAUAAGUUAUUAGCUUUAUAAGUGACAAUUAUUAUUUUUAUUCUUUACUAAAUACCGUCGUUUUGAAACGUUCAAAUAUUAUACGUGAAUAAAAUAAAUACAUAUAUUUCUAUAUAGACAAUAUACCUAUCUACUAGGUACAGUACAAUGCGAAAUAAGGCUAGAUGUUGUUCUACAAAGCAUAAUUAGAACGGAUGCUAUUGUAUUGAAUAUUGUAAACCAUAUUAUUAUUACGUAAAAAAAGAAAUAAAAAUCAUACCUAAAACGUUUCAAUUGAAAUAGGACAAUAAUAUAGCGGAGUCGUGGUCGUCCAAACCACAAUAAUAAUAUGGAAUAUGGGUCUACACGGUACGGUGGCCGUGUAAUUAUUAUUUUUUGAACGGAAGAUGAUAUUAUUUAUAAUUGCUAGUAAUAAUAAUAAUAAAAUUGCAAUUUAACAGUGACCUUUCUAUACAGGGGCUAAGGGCGUCUGCAGGGGGGAACAAAAUGGGCCGUUACUUCCUCUAAGAUUUUCAACUGUAUGUACUUUUAUCACACAUAAUGCCAUACCAUUUUGCCAUAAUGAUGUAAAUAUUUCUAGAAUAAAAUGUUUUCCCUUUUUGUCCCUGGCGGGAUUUUAUCUUGCGAUAAUUGCGUGCGCGCUUGACAGGACCCAAAAACUGAUUUAUGUAAUGUAAAAGAAGCGCUUAUAUAGUAGACGGAUGCGGCCAAUGUUGUAAGUGGGUAGUGGAGAAGGUGGGAUACAUAAAGUCAUUUAAUUUAUACCUAUAACCAACGAUAAACCAUUGAUAACAAAAAACGAUUUGGCGUGAAGAUCGGUUAUACAAAUAUUGAAAGGUCGUAAUAAUUACGAUUUUCAUCAACAUUUGAUUUUAACUCUAACAAUAGAAAAAAAAAUACUACAUUACACUCAAAUUUAUUUUUUGAAACAAAAUGCAUUAGUGUUUUCCUCGUUACUCAACCAACGUGGUUUUGCAAAAAAAUGUUGAACAACAGAUACAUGCCACCACUAGACUACGACAGGCAUACUUUAGUAUUAACAUCAUUGAAUUAUUUAACAUAACACAUAAUAUAUUUUUCACAUAGUAUUAGAAAUUCAAAAACUAUGAUUUCAAAACUAUGUCAGCCAGCUCAAUUCUGAUUUCACUAUCGUUUUUAAAUCUGCAAUAGGUAUAUAUGAUCAAAACAAAAAAAAAUUGAAACAUUUUCAAGAACCAGUAGCUAGAUUGUUCCAUAUAUUUUUUUACUCAAACGAUUUUCAUCAAAAUUUGAUAUUUAAAAUCCUUUUAAAAAUAAAUGCCACAGAAAGCUCAAUUUUUUUUUUACCACAAGAUACAAAGUGCGACAUAUAAGGAUACCUGUUAAAUUUUUAAUAAUUUCUAUUGGGUGUAACAAUUUUAGCCACAGAGUACCUAUUAAAUAAAAAUUACAUACAAAACUUUUAAAAAUAAAAUGUCUAUAAUUAGUUCAAAAAUAGAUUAAAUGUUUUGAACAUUUUACCACGUCUAAAAAAAAGCAAAUAUAAUUUUUCUGUCAACAUUUCAAGAUUUUAUGGAUACAUUAAAUUACACAAUAUUAAAAAAUAAAAUUGAAAAUAAUAAAAGAAUAUUUUCCUUUAUUAUUCUGUACUUUUUGUAUUUUUUUUUUUUGGUUUUGCUCAAUUAUUAAAAAAAAAACUCAAAAGAAAAUCAAAAAUACAACUUUCUUGUUCACCAGCUAGAUCAAAAAUUCAGAAAAAAAGAUCUCUUGAUGUUUUUUUAUUAGAGCAAUAUUUGUGUAGAAAACAUUAGCCGUAAAAUUUUAAAAUAAUGAAAUUGUACCACCAUAAAUUUAUCAGUUUUUAUUUUACUUUUUUUUAAAGUUUUUCCUAUUUAUUAAUAAAACUAUAGAGAAAAUUAAAAACCAUUAAACUAACUCAUGAACUAGAUUAAAAAUGCAUCAAAAGAAAUCUCUUGCCGUUUAUUUAUUGAAGCUUUAUUUAUGGUAGAAAACAUAAGCUGUAAUAAUUUAUACUGAAAUUGUGCAGUAAUGUGAGAAAAAUUAUAUAUUUCUCGUCUCUUUGUUUUUCCGAGUUAUUAAAAAAAUAUUUAUUAAUGAUUUGUUUGAAAGUUUUCUAUAUUCGUGUAUAGAGAGCAAAGCCAAUCAAUAUAAUAAGAAAACGUUAUAAUUUUUAGUAACCAUAAACUGAAUGAAUUCGAAAGACGUAUGAUUAAUAUAAAUAGCUUAUUAAUUAACAAUUUUAAAUAUUUUGACUCCUGAGUUUGUAUAAUGCUAAUCAUGAAUGUGUACAUACUUCUUUAAGACAUGUUAUUUUUAAUUUAUAGUAAUGUUUUAUAGUUGUUUCACUUGUUAACUCAAUUUAUCUUUUUCAGAUCACCAUGAUUUAUGGGCCAAAAAUAUUGGUAUUAAUUAUUCUAUUCUUAAACAAAUACAAAGAAUCUGAAGGCCAUGGGCGACUGAUAGAACCACCCUCCAGGGCAUCUAUGUGGAGGUAAAUAUCAUACAUUGUAGUAAUUGUAGUGUUUUCAGUAAAAAUUAUGAAAUUGGUUUAUGGUGAAAAUGUGUAUGAAAUUUCAAUAAUUAUUACUUGCUACUUUUCGUGGACUAACAAUAACUUUAGUGUACACUAUAAUGCCUAAAACUGUACUUUAAUAUUAUUAAAUAAAAUCGAAACCUUGUCGAAAAAUAUAUAGAUAUGGCUUCAAUACACCGCCAAAUUAUAAUGAUCACGAAUUAUACUGCGGAGGAUUUACAAGACAGUACCAAACUAAUGGUGGAAAAUGCGGAAUAUGUGGUGAUCCAUGGGACAUCCCACAAGUAAUAAUAAUAAUUGAUAUUUAAAUUUUAAAGUGUAAUAAGCAGAACUCCAAUUUUAUAGCAUUUGGUAAUUAUUAUUGGAUACAAAUGAAAAUAGCAGAGUGAGCUUUGUUUUAUACAUCAGAAACUCUAAAUAAUAAUUUUAUAUUGUUGUUUUUUUGCGUAUUUGAAGUCUUUUAGAUUUUCAAUGUUAUUUUUAAAUUUCUGUUAAGUACUAUUUAUUGCUAUAAUGCAUAAUAAAAUAUAUUAUGUAAAUUUGUAAAUUUUUAUGUAUUUUUCAUAUGUAGAAAAAAUUGGUCAUUUAUAUAAAUCCAAAAAAAAAAUAUUUACAUUUUCGUUUCAUAUUAUAAUCUAUUUUUAAGUAGCCCGGCAUAUUGAUCCCUUGAACAGUCAACGAGUGCAUUUAUGACUUCUCAUAAGUUGUAUUUAUAAAAUUAGUAUUUAAAAAAUUAAUAUAUUUUCUUUUUUUGUCAUUUUUUUGUUUUUAUGGUAUAUUACAGCUUAUUUUAAAAUUGUUUAGGUCAUAGUAUAACGCAUAUUUCAGUUAUUUUCAGUGCUAUAAAAUCCAAGCCAUAAAUAAUAUCCGUGGUACUAACAAAAUUUACAAUAAUUUUAUGUUUUCAGCCAAGACCAAAUGAAGCUGGUGGAAAAUACGGCCAAGGAGUGAUCGUACGUCGUUAUAAACUUGGACAGCCAAUUAUUGUACGUGUCGAGUUGACGGCCAACCACCGUGGAUAUUUUGAGUUCAAAGUGUGUCCGAACAACGCGCCCAAACAAGUAGCCAGUCAGUCUUGUCUAGAUAAAUAUAUUUUGCGGCGGGUGAAGACCAAAGAUGCUGAUGAAUCGUUCCAUGAAACGCGGUUCUAUCCGGGCACAGAGAACAAGGUGUAUGAAAUGAGGUAUUCAUUGCCAGAAGGAAUGACGUGCAGCCAAUGUGUGCUGCAAUGGAAGUAUAUUGCUGGUAACAAUUGGGGCGUUUGCGAGAACGGCACUGGAGCUGUGGGCUGUGGACCGCAAGAAGAGUUCAGGGCUUGUGCCGACAUUUCAGUUUCUGACAAAGAUGGCACAAUCGACACAUCACCAUACCCAACACCAAUAACAGUAACAACAAUGGCCACCACCAGCACAGAAGCAUCUGAGGAAGAAAACGAAAUACCAGAUGACUCAGUUUUGGAAAAACCAAAACCACAGACUUCAGGAUUUAACUCAUCCAUAUUCAUCAUAUUAUCCAUUGUAUUUUUGUCGUUGGGUUUCGUAUUAGUGGUCUUCAUAUUUGUCUAUUGGUACUUCUAUCAUGCCGGUGACACCAUCAAAUCGUGGUGGAGAAGGAUGGCUGAAUCUUCUUAUUCUUGCAUACGCAAAAGCAAUAAUGACGAGAAGAAAAAAAACAGCAUGAACGAACAACCAGUACCACCACCGAGAGUGAAAAAGACUACUAUAGGUUUCAAAGGUGUACCUGACAAUCUUGUAUAAAUCAUAACUCAUAAUAAUUUAUAAUGUAAUCAAUUUUUUUUUUUCACUACACAAGUAUUGUGGUUACACUUGAAUUAAAGUAAUACUUAAUACAUUGUUUACUUUAAAAAAUCUGUAUAUAUAUUUAAUAUAUUAUUAUGAACUAUGAUAUAACUAAGACUACCCAUGUUAAAAUAAGACAUAGUUAUUAUAAGUAAAUUAUGUAUACACAUAUAUAUAUAUUUUUUUUUUAAAAUUGAUUCAUACAAUAAAAAAUUGUUCAGGGAUUUAAUAAUAAAUAGAUAUGCAUUAAUAAUUGAUUUAGUGUAGUAAGGUAUUAAGUUAUUAAGUAAUAAUUUUUUGAUAAUGGCAUUUGCUUUUGAAUUAAAUGAUUGUAGAAAUAAAACCUAUUUAUAUAUAAUAAGUUAUGAAUUGCCAAUCUCUAAAAUAAGAAAAAGUAUUUUGAAAUUUAAGUGAAUGAAAAUAUAUGACUAAAUUGUUUUGUAACCAUUUCAAUAAUUAAAAAUAUAUUGU